UAGGGGAGAGAUUAUUUCAAGCGGAGAUUGAAAAGCUUGACCCAAAUGUUGGGCGGCUGCUCGGUCCGAAUGUCCUUCCGUCCCGAAUGCCAUUGUUCACCACCAACAAAAAUCGCCUCUAUGUCGCCUAUCUUGUACGGCACCGCAAGCGACCGGAAGACAUCAAAUUCCAUUCCUGUUUGCUACUAUCGCCCAAGAAUUCAAAGGACGUUACCGCAGAGGAAUCGUACCAAUAUCAUUCGCUGAACGUGAUAGAUCCGACGUCCAAGAAAGAAAUAUGGAAAUACGUGAUGCAAAGGGUGCAGAAUCGCCCCAUUCGCGUGCAAGGCGUCCAGCUAGUUGGGAAAUUGGACAAGAGGCUCAGCGGUGACACGCUAGACAAGAUAUUGCGCCAGGUUACCGUCGUACAGGAUGAUUCCAGCUGGGUAUGCCACAACUGGGUAUUAGACGCUGUCAAGUAUCUAGUUGACAGAGGCUUAGUGGAACCCUUCGAAGAGGAUUUCUCCAUUCACAAAGCUUGGACAGCCGGGUUCGAUUUCGCAGAAAAGGCCGGCUACGACGCGGAGCGGCUCUUGCCUGCAUGCGACCGCGAAGGACGGAAAAUCGUGUCAGAGAUUGGGCGACUUCCAUGCUGAUGGUCGCGUCCUUGUUCCGCUCCGGCGUUAGUCGCCGUCGUGAGCGAGGACCGGGACCCU